CAAAGCUCGCCCUUUCUCGCGUUGCUCGACGCCAUUAUCGCGGAUUCCUGAUCAAGACGUGAUUUCGUGGAGAUUUUCAACUUUUUCAGCGGCAAUCGUCUGCUAGGCUGCUAGGAGGUCGUCGAGUAGGAUGGCUGAAGACUCGGCUGGGGUGGCUGUCUCUACAGAUGAGGAUGGUUCCCUUGUGGUCCAAGUGCAAGGAGAGCAUCAAGAACUGCUCAAUACCAUCACACUUGAUGGAGUCAGUAUUGAAAUUCCACAAGGACAAGAUGGUGAUGGAGAUGGCGAGCCGACCAUGAAAAGGUUGAAAGUUGAUGCUGAUGCCUCUAUAAAACAAAUUCUGUUCAAUAUUAACAAAGCCAUCUGCCUGCGACUGGACGGAAUAGAAAAUAAGCUGGAGGUGGUCAACAUGAGAACCAAAUACCUUGAGGAGAAAGUUGAGUCCAUGCAUCAACAGAUAAAACAGAACCCGGGCAUUGUUAUUCAGGACACCUCAUCAAGAAAAAGUGCUGCUCCGACAAGACGAUCUGGUGCUGUCAUUGUCGGUCUGCCACAGAUCCAAGUCAAGUCUGAGUCAGAUAUUAACGAUGGUAGUCCCAUUGCACAAAUUGAUACCAACGUUCAGAACCUCGGUCCAAAUGUGACAUUGAUUACUCUCAACUCGGAAGAUGAUCAUCCCAAUGGCAGUUGGUUAGGAGACGACACCAAUCCAGAGAUGAGGGUUCGAGCGCCUGUGUCACCAAGUGAUAUGUUACAUAUCCAGUCGAAUUUCCGCACACCAGAGAAGAUGGCUCUGACAUUACUAGACUACUUAUUUGACCGUGAUACUCAAGCCUCCAGUAAUAUAUCUGGCAUGGGCAAACAUGGCAAGAAGCAGUUGGACCCACUGUAUAUUUAUGGCAUAAGAUGUCACCUCAUUCACAAAUUUGGCAUCUCCGAAAGUGACUGGCAUCGGAUAAAGCAAAACAUCGACUCCAAAUGUCGGACAGCAUUUCGGCGGCGAAUGCGUGGCAUGCCCCUCAUGGUAAAGGCAUUCAGAGGCAAGGCGCCUCCUCAAUAUACCUUGACUGACUCCCCUGGUGAUCCACAUGAUAUGGGGAGUCAGAGUGACGACUCUCUCCAACACGAUCCUGAGGCCACUUUGCAUAUUCAUCAGGGUGCUCAAGAUGUGGAAAUGGUGAGCGAGCAUGGUGAGCUCACUCAAGGAGAGGUGCAGAUUCUACAUGCCACACCGGAACAACUUGCUCAACUACAGCAGACCCAUCAGAUCCAAAUACUUCAUGGAGAUCAGGUGAUACAUCAUAUGCAACAGGACGUCCAAGAGGGUGUUCACAUGGCAGUGUCGUUAGCAGGCCAGCCUGAAGCAAUACAAGUCGUACCAGUGACGUCAGACACUGGAGAGAUGCAAAUACAGAUACAGAAUGUCCAUGCACGGGGUGGUGAGGGAGUGUUGAGUGUGGCCGAUGUAAGCGGUGAGGGUGUGGAGGAUUCAGGGUAGGACUUGAGGGAGGGAGGUGUGCCAGAACCAAUGUUACAAGCUCUUGAAUGGACUGUAGAACAUUUACUCCCUCCUUUUGAGACUUGGCUUCCUCGUGAAUCGUUAUGAAUAAUGAAAGAGUUCGUCUCAAUACAGGAUUGAGAAGACAACAAUUUGCAGAGUGAUCUGUAAAAUCACUUAUUUUAGUGAAUUUCAAGGGGUGCUAGGAGAUAGCAAAAAUAUAAACCUGUGAAAAUGUCCACCAAAUUAAGUGAUUUUACAGUAGUUUCUCUUAUGCAUCCUGUCUGAAACAUGAAAUAUAAUGUCUUAUUUGGGUAAUGUGUACUUUAUGAAGUACCUUGUACAUACUUCAUUGAAUUUCUAUGAACUGAUAUCAAAUAAAGAAAAAUC